CGCUGUAUUGUGUCCAUGGUGUCAAACUCCAUCACCAUCCAAGACCCACGUGACCCACACAACCGCCGUUCAUUCUGCUUUGACUACGCCUACUGGUCCCACAGCGGCUUCAUGCAAGACCGGAGCGGCCUCUACCUGCCUGAGGAUCCAGGAGGGCGAUAUGCUGACCAAGACAGUGUGUUUGAGGACCUGGGAGAAGGAAUACUAGAGAAUGCACUGCAGGGUUACAAUGCCACUCUGCUGGCCUACGGGCAGACCGGCUCAGGGAAGAGUUAUUCAAUGGUGGGAUAUGGGACCAACAAAGGCCUGGUUCCUAAACUCUGUGAUCGUCUUUUUGAGGCCAUCAGAGAAAACCAGGAUUCAAGACAGUGUCAGGUCUUUUUCAGUAUGCUGGAAAUCUAUAAUGAGCAGGUGAUUGACCUGUUGUCCAGGGGGUCUCGUACCCCUGGGGGGCUCAGGGUCAGAGAAGAGCAGCAAAGAGGGUUCUAUGUGGAGGGUCUUCGCACAGUUCCCUGUGAGAGCGCACCACAGGUGGAGCAGCUGAUGGAACAGGGAACCAGGACUCGAACCACUGCUGCCACUCAUAUGAAUGCAAACAGCAGCCGCUCACACAUGCUCAUUGUUCUGCAGCUGAAACAGAUCUUCUCCAAAGAAAGCAUCACUAAACAGUCCAAUGUAAACCUGGUGGACCUGGCAGGCAGUGAGCGUCAGCGGUCAUCGGGGUCAGAGGCGGAUCGGCUCAAAGAGGGCACGGCCAUUAAUCUGAGCCUCACCACCCUGGGCAAUGUCAUCAGUGCACUCGCUGAUGUGGCGGUGGGAAAAAAGGUCGUGCAUAUUCCCUACAGAGACUCAGUUCUUACCAAGCUGCUGCAGUCUGCACUGGGAGGCAACAGUCGCACUGUGAUGAUUGCCACACUGAGCCCUGCUGAUAUCUGUUAUGAGGAGUCACUCUCAACCCUUCGUUACGCUGAAAGGGCGAAGCGCAUCCAGAACCGUGCUGUUGUGAAUGAGAGUCCCACCGAGCGUCUGGUCAAAGAGCUGAAGGCAGAGAAUGCCAGGCUGCUGCAGAGACUGAGCCGACUGGGCCAAGAGGGACGGAGAACCAACGACGAGACCAAGGAGCUUCGACAGCUUCUGACCCACAAUGAACUCCAGAUCAGAGCCAUUCAGACUCUCUGGGAGCAACACCUGCAGGAGGCGCUGAAGGACUGGGAGCAGCAGUACGCAAGCAUCACACAGGAGAGGAGGAUGAUGCAAAUGCACCCCUACAUUCUGAACAUCAACGAGGAUGCUCAGCUGUCAGGUGUCGUGAAGCUUUUUAUCCAGGAGGGUGAAUGGGACAUCGGUCUCUGCGAUUCGUCCCCACGAUCCAUCUCUAUAAAGGGCUUAGGGAUCCAAGAGCGCCAUGCAGUGUUCAGGAACGAGCAGCGCCGUGUUACACUGACUCCAGUGUCAGAGGCAAAGGUCAUCAUCAAUGGAAUGGCCGUCUCCGACACGACUGAGCUGCAACACCUGGACCGUCUCAUUCUCGGGUCAAACUGUACCUACCUUUUCAUUGGUUAUCCUUCUGAGAGGGGCGGGGAUGACUGGAGCCGCUACGACUACGAUUACUUCCAGUCUGAACUGGCUGCUGCUGAAGGCAUCCACCUGGGUGAGUCCAGUUCUGGGUCCAGUCAGACGGACCCCAGUCUGUUGGCUGUUUUCUACGACUAUAUUAAACUGAUGCCCAUGGUGGCCGAGGCCAACCAGAUGAGCCAGGAGCUGAACAAGGGUGUGGAGUUCAAACUGGAGAUCAAGAAUCUUGCCUUGUCAGACUCAAAAGGCCACGAUCUGGAGAAAGAGAUAAUUAUCAGAGUCACCUCUGAAGGCAACAAACAGGUGUGGAUGUGGUCCAAGGCCAAGUUUGUGAACCGGAAAUUUCUGAUGGAAGAAGUAUAUCAGCAGCAUCAGGCUGAACAGAGCAGAGACAGGAGCGUCGAGGGCCUUUCUACAGCUAUGAUGCCCAGAGAUAAAGACCCUUUCUGGGAUCCGCUGGAGCCUCUGCUCCUGGGUACCGCUCACCUAUGGCUUCAGUCUUUGGCCUUUCAUCCCCUGGAGGAGCAGCUGGAGGUGUUGGGCUCAGAGGGUUCAGAGGAGGCUAUUCUACAAGCACAGCUGGUCCCCUGCACCUCCACUGGAUUCCCACAGGGUGAAGACGACAUCCUCAUUGACCCCUCUGAGUUACUGGGUCGGCGUCUGGACUUUCAGCUGGUCCUGGAACAGUGCUGUGGUCUACGCUGGAUAAGAGAGGCUCGUAAUAGAGGGGUCCAGAUCAGGUUUAAGUUAUUUGACUGCUCCAAACCUCUCUAUACUCCUGCUGUUUGGCACAACGUCAAUCCUCUGCUAGAUCACAGGGUUCACUUCGCCUCCCUUCACACCUCUCAGUGUCUGCUGGACUACCUGCAGAGCAGCGCCGUGGUUCUGGAGCUGUGGGGCCUUCAAGAGGGCUGUACGGACCUGACGUCCUCUCUGGAUGGAGUGAGGAUGACUUCAGAAGGCAUCUUCAUCAUCGACCAGACAGGCCCAGCAGAUACUGUGUCUCUGGAUUCAGCAGAACUGAGCUGUUCAAUGAGAGCUCUACAACAGGACCUAGAGGACAUGAAGAGUGAAAACACCUUACUGAGAAAAGAGAACCAAAGUCUUAGAGAACAACUCAGCACAGUCAAAAAUGGAGGGGAGAACAUGCGAGGUCGGUCAGUGCGUCCUAGCUGUGAUGCAGAAUUUGCUCGUGCUCUGAAGGUUUUCUACCACAGUAUGACAGCAGUCAGGGGUCAACUCCAACGCCUCCGCAGACACAGGCCCAGUGAGGAGUCAGACCUCUUAGGCCUCAGGUUCUUUGUGGAUGAGCAGAGUCGUCUGCUCAGAGACUUCUCAGAGCAGCUGGAACUGAGCGUCACUGCACUCAAACAAGACGUAGCUGCCAUUGUCCGACGGAAACGGGAACGAUCAGGAAUCUGGUCGUAACUCCAUGAAUAACCGCUGACCAGCUUUUCCAGACUUUGUAUGAGUGAAGGCAAGUUUACUUUAACUUCAUCUGUUGCUUGUACUGUAUAUUCAGUUACUGCUGUUCUUCAGUACCUCAGAUAUGUAGGUUCUGACUUUACAAUUUUCUGUUUUUGGAACUUUGAGCGAAACUAAAUUUAGUGAUAAUUUGAGUACAUUUAAACCAAAAUGAAAUAUAAAAGUUUUUCCCAUUUCAUGAUAAAUUGUUAAAUUUAUCUAAUUAAGCUAAAUUUUACAUGAUUCCACCCAUGUUAAUGUUUUGUAGGGAGUCCUGUCAAAACAGCCCUUUGAUAGUAAAUACUGCUUACUGUGAUUUAGACUAAGAUCAAACAGAAUGACAGUCUAAAGUCAAUUUUAAUUUAGCUCAAUUUUUAGACAAGUAUACAGAUAAGAUAUCCAUUAUAAUGUAAUGCACUGCAUUGUUACAUCAUCAUAAGCUCGUGUAUUUUUAAAUAACUGCAGUACUUAUUACAAAAUAAAAGAACUUUACUACAUCCUGCAACAAACUGUAUUACAAAAACGCAGGUUUACAACACAAUGAAAUGAAAAAAGUCAGUGAUGAUAGCCUAAUGUUGUGAUUUUAUAUCAUGUACUGUUCCAUUGCUGAAAUAUACCUCAGUAUUUAAAACUGCACAUUUUCAUCUGUUAAUUCAUUUGGAUUCUAAUUUCUUUCUAUUCUAAUCACAACAUAUCUUGAUAAAAUUGUCCAACUUGAAGCAGUGACUGUACAGUUUUCUGUAAAGGAGGGGAUUACUCAUGUUAUGACUUAACCCAUUAGAACUACUGAUGUAAGACAUUUGGAAUAAACAGCAUUUUAGUCUUUAAGAGCAUUUAUUAGACUGCAUGUAAAAGUCAUCACAGUUCAAAACUGCAAAAUAAGUUAAAAGGCAAAUACAUUUGUUUAAAAAUUCACAAUAUUAUUAACUUUAGAACCAUAGUGGACAAUGGGUCAUAUUUCACAAAACAUCUGAAAGUCCUCUUCUUGUUCAACUGGCAAACUGAAACCAAUAAAUACAGACCUAAAUGAUGUAACUAGAAUGAAAUAUUCCAUAGGUAGAGUUGUCAGUCUGCAGUUCCACAGUAAUAGUAUCAACCAUAGUGUCUCUCAUUUUGAUCACCAGUUCAGAGGUAAAAAAAAAAAGCAAAAAAAAAGCAGUAGUUGGUGUUUGUAAGCAGUCAACACUUACGAGAGUACAGACAACUGCUGUAGGUCCAAAGAAAAAGGAGUAGAGAAGAGAACAUUUACAGGAGCAGAGGCAGUUUUGGAGUCAAAAGGCAGAUGUGAGGCAGAUCAGUCAUCAGACAGAACAGGAAAUGUUAUGUACAACAGAUACACUCGACAGCAGGUAACGAGAAAGUAAAACACAGAGGCAGCAGUGAGGUUAAAUUGAAGGCUGGAGAGUUAGAUAGGUGUGAACUGAAGAGGUAGCCUGGAAAAACACAAAGCCAACUGUGGGAAGGAAGGACUGAGCUACUGCAGAUACACAUAAUAGAUGACUGUGUAUGUGUGACGAACCUAUGAAUCAAUACUUAAAGCCUGUUUGUUCAGCUUAAAUGUCACUGCAGGUACAAUUCUUGAGGCUAUUGUUUCCUUCCCACAAAAGCUGACGUACAGGUGAGGUAGGUUCUUAGGGUUUUGGGGGAAUAAGAAAAAUAGAAAAACAUUCACUGUGACAUUUACUCACAGACUGUCAAAUAAAUGUCAGACGUAAUGUAACGCACAAUGAAUGAAUGUUUCACUGCCAAUUGUCUGCACCUCUUUGGGUGGGUUUUAAUUUUCUGUCAACAGCAAAACCAACAUCACAGAGCAGGUAAAAAAAAA